ACAGCAGGUGGGCAUCGGAGGAGCAACAAGUAACCCUGGGGGAUCUAGAGCUUCCUGUUUGCUGGCAGCUCACUAACUACUUUUGUAAAGUAAGCAAAAGCGGUCAGCAUCAGUGUCUAACUUCUAUUUCUGGCCUCCCCCCCUCUCAGACUGACGUCAGCACAAAGUUAUUUUCAUGAAUGGAGGGGGCGGUCACGAGGAACUGAUGACGCGGGCGCUUGCGGAAGCAGAGCGUGGAAUGUUGGUACAUUGUUGUUGUUUUGUAGUUUAUUUAGUACGAGGAUCCACCGCUGCGCCGUCCGGUACCGACGCUGUCCGGAUUCAUCACCGCCUGGAAGCGAGCCCCGCCGGUUUUACUCCCUCCGUCUACAAACAUCCGCGUUCACAGAGAGCAGCUUCUGGGAGAUUCUGGUCAGUUUUCUGCAUGCAGGGAAUGACGACUCCUUUUAAGCCGAGCAAAGCUUUAAAGGUCAAGAAGGAGGUGGGUGAGAAUGCCCCGGCGCUCAGCGACGACGAGCUGGUGGCCAUGUCUGUGCGGGAGCUCAACCAGCACCUCCGCGGGCUCACUAAGGAGGAUGUUGUACGGUUGAAGCAGCGUCGAAGGACCCUAAAGAACCGCGGCUACGCUGCUAGCUGUCGCAUCAAACGUGUCACCCAGAAAGAGGAGCUCGAGAGACAAAAGAUAGAGCUGCAGCAGGAGGUGGACAAGCUGGCUCGGGAGAACGCCAGCAUGAGGCUGGAGCUGGACGCACUGCGGGCCAAGUAUGAGGCCUUGCAGUGCUUCGCCAGGACUGUGACCCGAGGGCCGAUGUCACCGGGCAAGGUGGCCACCACCAGCGUCAUCACCAUCGUCAAGUCCUCCAACCACAACAACUCCAGCCCAACUCCAUUCUCGGCUCAGUCCUAGUGCUCAUCAGGACUGGGCGCCUGUGUAUCCCGCCUGGUCCUGACCCGGCCUGAACCCACUCAUCCCGUACUGAGAGGACGCUCAGUAGUGUUCGGACUGAGGGAUGGGAUGGCAAGCUCUAUGUGAUCUUAUGCCGCAUUCACAGUUCUGCCCCCGCCUCUGUCUUUCACACAGUUUACACUGUCUGCACACUGUUCACACCCCCCUCACCUCCAGCACCAGUAGUAUGGGCCUCUCUGACCCGACCUCCAUGACUGACGGCAGGAACGUGUCAUCCAGUUGAGAUGCCCCGAUGUGAAGACGCCGUGUAGGACAGCUCUGAUCCUUGGAUUAAGAUUACCAGAUUAGAAUUUCUUAUUGUAAAUGUACACAAAUGUGUAAUUUGGGCCUUCAGUAGAUGUGGUUGCCUUAGAAGAGAUUUGAUCACCUCUGGGUUAAAGGCCAGAUGGAUGCCUCUUUGAGGUCACUUUUGCACAACCAAAAGCCUUUUCCACUGAUGUGUUCUGCAGCGAGUCAAUCUGUAAAAACAGAUUUUUAUAUUUGGAGCACACUGUAGUGAGUUUGUACAUUUGGACUUGGCCAGAUAAGGCUUGUAAAUGUAAUAAAUGACAAUUUGGGCCGCAAUGGUAGAAAUUCAUUGCAGAAAGCCAAUUAACAUCUACAGAGUUUAGUUCAUAACUUAGUCCAGUGGAGGUUGUUAACCGUUUUAAACCCUUUGCUGGAUUGGACUGACUUGACAUUAAGCGUGUGCCUUUUCUUUCUGCUGGCAUGUGCACAAAAGUUAGAACAGGUACUUAGAUCCAAUCAUUAGGUGCAUCUAUCUGGAGGGCAGCUUCAGCCGAGAAUGAAUCAAAGUGUCGUUAAAGACACGAAAGGCUGUUCAACGGGAGCUGGUUGUGAAUCCGUUGUUGCGUUUGUAGCCUCUCGACUCCCAAGUCACGCCUUUCUUUGUUUUAUCUAAAAAUAAAAACAACUUUAACAUCCAGUUUCUGACAUCUGGGAUCACCAAAGUGUAGAUUCUGUGUGGGAUUGAAGAUUUGUUUGGAUUAGGAGGAUUUGUCUCGUAGCACUUAAAACUGUAAAGGUUGCAGUAUAAAUGAUUCCACACCGUUGUGUUUCUGUACUUAGUGGGGCUUACAUGAGGGUGGCUAAAUGUGUAACGUAGUGCAGGUCUAAGCUAAUGCUGGUAAACUACAGCACUUAUAGUUUGGUGGGUAAUCCAUAUUGGAUAAAUAAUUAUGAGAGCAGCCUUCAAAAACAGUCCUGUAUAUUACAGAUCUGAGGUGAUGAAGCUCCCAGUGCGUGGGAUGAAACGUCCGUCCAGAGUGGAAUCAUUCCUGCGUCAGGGUCACGAGAAGCGCUGCUGCCGGUGUUGGGGUUUCACAGCCUUGCUUUCUGACACACUCUUCUACAAGAGAACUCCUGACGCCCACCCCUUAUUAAACAAAAUGAAUCAAGUGGUGUCACGAUGACUAAAUGCAGUAAAUGCUUUGUUUGUCUUUUGUAAUAUUUAGUUGUGAAAUGAACUUGAAGUCGAGCUGUUCCUUUGGAGGAUCCAUUCCUGAUUGGGAGUGAAGUCAGUAGAGAUUGUCCAUGUCAGGAUUUUCUCGUGGCUGAGAGGACACGACUGCUCUCCCCCCUCUUCCUUAGCUGCCAUAAACAGACCGUAUGGGGAACUUUGCUGCUGUACAACCUGCUGGGAUUGGUUUUGUUCUUCCCAGCAGGGGCAUUGCUGUGUUCUUACUCUCAAUUUGUACUUUCACCUGAUCUCUGUUAGUGUCCUCUUCUUUUUCAUUUACUAAGUUUUAUACCGUCCACAUACACAGUAUAUGAAUAUGUAACAUAUGUUUCUAUAUUUAUGUCUCGUACUAUCCUGGAAUUGUGUGAUUAUGUCAUCAGUCUCUAAAGUCUAAAUAUAUUCCAACAGACACUUUGACUAAAUCCGUGUUCACAGUUACAAUGGGAUUCCAUAAGCCAGCCUUUGACCAUUUAUAGCCUAUGGACUUAAUCUCUGCAGAUUAAUUGGACUAACUGUGACUUGGGUUAAAUGCAGGCAGCAGGUAAUCAUUUGUAGUAAACAGAAAUGAGUGAAUGUAAACAAUGGAUAAGAACUCAAAUGAAAAGCACUAAAGCAGCUUAGUUAUCAGAAAUGCAUUUUGGGUUUAGUUUAAAUCUGCAUCCAUAAUUUCCUUUCCACUGAUUAAAUGUAGAACAGAGCUGCAUGUUCACCCAAACGAGUCACUGCAGAACAGACGUUUAAAGAUUCAAACAAACAUGAAGGCAAUUCUUUUAUAACUUCUACCUGAACAUUAUUUUAGUUCCUCCAGUCCUGAACCUCCCGUUGGUUUACUGUUGACACGUUCAGGGAACAGAUGAAAAGCACUGCAGUGACCUCUAGUGGUCAACGUGCAAAACAAACUAAUGUUAAUGUCAGAUUUCAUAAUGAGCUGACUGAUUUCUAUAAGCACACCUAAAUAUUCACUAUCACUUUUAUGUUAAUCUAAAUAUGUCUGUAUUUGCCAAAUAAAUGACAAACCUUCCUCUGGGUGAAUUAAGUACUCAGUUAUUCAGUGUGACCCGGUUCAUAAAAGAAAUAAGAACUGAAUUAUUUAAAAGGUGGUCAACAUUAAUGUUUCCUUCUGUAAAUGUUUACUGAACUUGGUCCAAACACUUUUCUUUUCUCCUUCAGUCAAAGAAUAUUUUUAAUAACCGUGUUUAAGAUUGUGUUAAAUCAACAGAAGCCACAAAUGUGGAAAAACUAAAUGUUUAUUUUUUGUCAUUUUGACUAGAAUUAGAUUAUUUUUUCUUUAAACCAAUAAGCUUCAACGCGUUAGCUUCCACAGUCCUGCUGUGUUUGACCCAAGCUAAGAGCAGAGUCGGUUUUAUUGUAGUGGUGUUGAAGUGAAGAAUAGAAAUAGAUGUAACGAGCUGAAUGUCAGUCCGAUUGUUUUGGUUCGGUUUGUAUGAAAGAGAAUGACUCUGUGGUCUCACAGCAGCACGGUGGAGCCUAAAGACAGACUCGGUGUAACUUUUACAGGAACAAACUGAAUAUGUACCUUUAAACUUGUCCUCAUCAGCUCACAUAUUUAUUUACAAGGUUUUGUGUAAGUAUAUAAAAAAAAACCUCUAAAUUAUUUUUGUUUUACAGCCAUUUAUUUACAUGUUUUGUCCUUGAUGAGCUACCCUCAUGUUCAAAUGAAAUCUGUAUUUUUCUGCUUUGAUUUAAAAUAUGCUAAAUUAUUCCUGAUAGUAUUGCUGUGUCUGUUUUUGUACCUUUAAAUAAAGCUCUCCCUUCGUUAAAAA